AUGUCCUCGAAACGCAGACGUGAAGAUAGCGAUAACGAGAGCGACUCUGUGGACAUAUUUUCCGCCCUAACCAGCAAGCGCCGAAAAUCGGAAAGUGAAGACGACGAUGAAGACGAACUGGGAGAAUUCAUCCGAACAUCCAUCACGAAGAGAGAUAUCAAGCAGGGGACGGAUAUUGUGAAAAAAGCCAAGGGAAAGGGAAAACUAGUCAAGGGUGAAGUAGGAGGUGGUAGUUUCCAGAGCAUGGGUCUACAUCCACCCUUAUUACGCUCCUUAACACUCCAAGGGUAUCGAAUUCCGACACCAAUACAGCGCCUUUCUAUUCCUGCUCUAUUGGACAACCCACCGCGCGAUCUUGUAGGGAUGGCUAGGACUGGCUCCGGCAAAUCACUUGCCUAUCUUGUACCGCUCGUUCAACGUCUGGGUGGUAGGCAUUCCUCGACAUUUGGAGCCCGUUCUCUUAUUCUUCUCCCAACGAGAGAGCUGGCUCUGCAAAUAUUGAAGGUUGGGAAAGAGUUGGCACGGGGUUGGCAUGCGGGUCAAGGCAAUCAUGCAGGAGACGCGGAGACCGAGGAUUCUUCUUCUUCAAAGAGUCAAAAUCUGCGGUGGAGUCUUAUUGUCGGUGGAGAAGGGAUGGAUGAGCAGUUCGAAACCAUCGCCAACAAUCCUGAUGUCAUUAUCGCAACUCCCGGACGACUUCUCCAUCUUAUAGUCGAGAUGAACCUCGACUUGAAAUCAGUUCAAUAUGUCGUUUUCGACGAAGCGGACCGUUUGUUCGAGAUGGGCUUCGAGACGGCACUCAACGAAAUACUGCAACGAUUACCCGCUUCUCGCCAGACGCUGUUAUUCUCUGCCACACUUCCCAAGUCACUCGUCGAAUUUGCCAAGGCUGGUUUAAAGGAUCCGAAGCUUGUGCGGUUGGACGCAGAAAGCAAAAUCAGCACCGACCUCAAAAUGGCCUUUUUCUCCAUCAAACAAGCCGAAAAAGACGCCUGUCUUCUUUCACUACUGAGGGACGUGAUAAAAGUACCGUUUGCCGAGCGAACCACUCCCGAGGACACAGAAACAGGGAAAGCACCUCGAAACACAAAAGUCAAGCCUUCAGAGCAGAUCACUGCCCCGCACCAAACUCUCAUAUUUGCGGCCACAAAGCACCACGUCGAGUACCUACAAAAUAUGCUUACGACUGCCAACUACGCGGUCUCGCACAUCUAUGGCUCGCUCGACCAAACCGCGCGUUCUUUCCAAAUGGAUCAGUUCAGACGAGGAACAACGAGCAUCUUGGUCGUCACAGACGUCGCAGCUCGUGGUAUCGACAUUCCUGUUUUGGAGAAUGUCGUCAACUAUGACUUUCCCCAGGGUGCACGAGUCUUUGUCCAUCGGGUAGGAAGAACCGCUCGUGCUGGUCGACAAGGCUGGGCAUGGUCUUUUGUCACCAACACUGAGCUGCCAUACCUUCUCGAUCUACAGCUUUUCCUCGGCCGUCCAUUGCAACCCAAUGUAACCAGCGAUGACGACCAGGAGUAUACUCAAUCGCUUGUGCUGGGGACAUUCGAACGCGAAAAGAUUGACACCGAGGUCGAGUAUCUGCGGUCGUUGGAUGAUGCCAAUCACUCUCUACCCAGUCUGCGGGCAGUUAUGCAGCGUGGUCACGCGAUGUACGAGAGAAGUAAAGGCAAGGCCAGUCCACAAAGCUAUAAACGAGCAAAAGAGAUGAUCAAAGAUCCAAAAUGGAUGUUGGCUGGCUCCCAUUCGGGUAUUCAUCCCGUGUUACUACGGGGCGACGACUCUGCUCGCAGAAGACUGCAAGAGCAAGCCAGGCAAGCGCUGUUGCGGAGUGUCCAGGCUUUCACUCCUUCAGAAACUGUCUUCGAGGUAGCCGGAAAGGGAAAUGUGGCCAACGCUGCCUUGAUGAAGGAGCGCAGGAAAGCCUUAGAACGGGCGGCCAAACGACGCGUGUCGGCUCCCAUCAUCGAUGUGGACUCUGACGAGGAACUACCUGAAGUUGCCAAUGAAACGGAAGUCGCUGUUGUCACCAAUGCUUCUGACCGUGCUCAGAACUACCGCGACGCUGAGUUUUAUAUGUCUCAUUAUCAGAAAGAUGCGACCACGGAGAAAGGAUACUCCCUUCGAGAUGGUGCCUCUUUUGGCGAGCAGGCAAGGAACGCAACAUUUGAUCUCGUUGGCGACGAAGGCUCCGGGAAUCGCCAACGCAAUCAGAUGACGUGGGAUAAGAAGAAGCGGCGGUUCGUCAAGGGCGAUGGGGUGGGCGCAGACAACAUGAAACUGGUCAAGACGGAGAAUGGCACCCGUCUGCCCGCAACAUACCGCAGUGGACGGUUCGAUGAGUGGAAGGCCAAGACUCGUCAGUCAGUCCCGAGGGUUGGCGAAGCGGAGCAUGAGGGCUCGUCAAGAAGAUCAAGCAACGGGCAACGAUUCCGCCAUAAUGCGAUGCCUGAAGCCAAGCCGCUAGACAAACUGGAUAAGAACUACGAUCGUAAAGUCCGCCAUAUCAAGAAGAAGAACGAGGCUGCAGGAGGGGAAGCUCCUCAGGGUCGUUACCGUGGUAAACCUAUUGGUCGAGUCAAAACGGAGCUCAAGACGUCUGAGCAAAUUCGCAAAGGGCGCAAGUUGCUGGAAAAGCGUCGGGCCAAAAAUGCACGUCCUUCAAAAAAGGGCAGACGAUGA